GAACGAUAGUAAAUUUAGAUUUAGAUCAAAUAUUUAGAAAGCCAUUAUAGGUAUUUUAUGUCACAGAUAUUUUAUAACGUCAUAAUUUGUGUUAUAAUAUAAAGUAUAACUUUACAUUUACAGUAAAUAUUUAUCUAUAGUAUGUUAUUAAAUAAUAUUUUUGUUACUCUUUUUUUUGUUACUUACAACAUUUGAUUUUAUUUUUAAUAUGCAUACAUGCCAUAAACAAAAUGAACGUUCGGCAUUUAUUUCGAUAAUUUUUUGAGAACUCAAGAAUUUAGUACCUAUUAGAAGGAGUUAUAAUAACUAUAAUUACCACGUUUGAAAGACCUCAUGAUUUUAUGAAGCGUUGUCAAGUAAACGAAAUAUUUGUGUUAAUAUUUGAUAUAAAUUCCGUCGUUCCGUUUCAAGUAAGUUACAAAUAUUGGGUUUUCUGUCAAUGUGUCAGUUAUGUGUCAAACGCAGUGUUGUACUUGUAUUGUGUAUGUGUAUUCUUUGCCCAAAUUUAUUUCAUAUUGUUUUCUAUUUAUAUGAUAAAUAAUGAGUGAUUUAUGGAACAAAAGCUAUCUGUGUCGUUGUUGCCAAGUUGAACAUGGCUUCAGAAAUCUCGGUGAGCCGUAUGUACACGAAGGAGCACAGGAAAUAUAUGCGAAUAUGUUACGGGAUUGUUUGAAUAUUAUUAUGAAACCUCCAACUUCACUCCAGUCAUCAUACAGCAUCUGUUUAGCCUGUGUGUGUAGGCUGCGGGAUGCAACUGUCUUUAAAAGGCAGGUACUCGCAUGUGAGAGCUCACUGAUGGAAUACAGUGGUAAUGACGAAAUAAGUGCAGAUCCUGAAAUUCCUGAAAUAAAGUCUGAAGACGAUAGCUGCUCCAAUGAUUACCGUGAGGAGCUGAUGCAUAGACCCAAUUAUGAUGGCAAGGUUGAAGAGAAUAUCACCUAUGAUGAAAAAGCAACCUCAAUAGAUAUCGAAGACAUUGACGACGAGCCGCUUGCCAGCCUGCGCUCCCGUCGCCAAACACGUGAUGACGUCACACCACGGGGAGCCAAAACAUCCAAAGACCCCCAAAAAACUAAAAAAUUCUCCUGUGAAAUAUGUCAAAAGAAAUUUACCUACAAUGGUUUCUUAGAGGUACACAUGAGACAACACACAGGGGAGAAAACAGUGCAAUGUAGACUGUGUGACAGUAAAUACACUAAUAACAAGGAAUUAAACAGACAUAUAAGUGCAAACCAUUCUGACGGAGACAAAUUCCCAUGUCCACAAUGUAAUGAUACUUUUGAUAAAGCGAGACUAUUGAAAAAGCAUUUAACAACACAUUUUGAAGAAAAGUUUUCAUGCAGCUACUGUGAUAAAGAGUUUCAAAGGAAAAAGGGUUUGAAAGAGCAUCUAAAAACUCACACAGGUGAGAAGAAAUACAGUUGUGAAGAAUGUGGUAAAUCAUUUGGUCAUAAUCAGACGUUAAAAUCUCAUAUUUUAACACACACUGGAGAAAAGCCUUACGUAUGUGAUGUAUGCGGACGGAGAUUCCCUCAAAGAACACAUUUGAAAAGGCAUAUAUUUAUUAUACACACUGGUGUAAAGCCGUACAGCUGUAAUAUCUGUAAAAAACAGUUUUCCAGUAAAAGUUAUUUAUCUAUACAUGAAAGACAGCAUACUGGAGAACGACCAUAUAGUUGUGAGGAAUGUGAUAAGACUUUUACAGCUUAUACGACUUUGAAAGUCCAUAUGAGAGUACACACUGGGGACAAACCUUAUUCGUGUAGCUUCUGUAAUCGUCAAUUCGCGCAAAUGGCAAGUUUUAAACUCCAUGAGAGAACUCAUACUGGUGAACGACCGUUUGCUUGUAAAAUCUGUAAAAAACCUUUUUCCGAUAACGGUUAUUUAAAGAUACAUAUGAGGGUCCACACUGGUGAAAAACCGUACAACUGCGAUAUAUGCAAGCGCGCUUUCAGAGAAACCGGACAACUGAAACGUCAUCUAAGAGUCCAUAGCGGAAUAAAACCUUAUACUUGCAAAAUAUGUAACAAACAGAUAGGUAACUUAUCUAAACACAUGCGUAUACAUUCUGACGUUAGGUAUAAUUGUAAUAUAUGUAAUAAACAGUUUUCUGUAAGCAGUUUGAAGUUGCAUAUGAGGAUUCAUAGUGAUAAGCCGUUUGCUUGUGAUUUAUGUAGUAAUCAGUUUGCUCAAAGUAGUGGUUUAAAGAGACAUAGAUGUACACAAGUACAAGCCGAUAAAGUUGAGUGAUUAGGUCUCAAAGCAAGUAUACUAUAGUUGCUAUACGCGGGCACCGGUGAGGGACAGAACAUACACAAUGCGGCGAAAUUAGGUAUAGUUUUGGAAAUCGUUUUUUUUUUUUUUUUUUUUCGAAAAAAAAAAUUACUAUAAUUAGCGUAGCCUUCCAUUACGUUAAAAUGCGAAUUUCAGGGUAAUUAUUAAUAAGUAUUUACUUAAUUUAUUUUUACAAAUAGAUAAGAAUCAGUUUAUUAUUAAUUUAUAAUUUGGAGGCGUAAUUGUGCCCUAAAAUAAAUAAUUAUAUGUGUAAAUCGGAGUUUUAUUUUUAUUGAAAUUAUUUUCCAUGUAACCAAAAAGAAUUGAGUAUGGAGGUGUAUUGUCAUUUUGCAGUUGCUGAGUGUGCAAGUGUCACAACGGCAAACGACUGUGUAAAGAUGUCGUUUAUAAUGACUCUCCACAUUUUGUCACGGUAAAGUUGGUUCGGAGUUAAGAAACGGACUCCGUUGUUAUUUUUUUCCCGAUGUUUGUUCAAUUAGUAAAUUUUGCGUUUUUUUCGAGAUCGAUCGAUUUUACUGCCUAAUACGGAUAUAGAGAAAUAAGAAGUCAGCAUAGUGUGCUCCUCACUCCAUGCAUCAGUUUAGAUACCAAAAUGCUUAUUAUUUUCGUAGUCGACAUCGACAAAGAGAAUUGAUAAGACCAAGAGUGCUGACUCCAUACAACGGUUUUGUUACCAAAAAUACUAUUAUUUUCGUAGUCUACAUCUAGCGUCAAGUAGCGGAACUCUCGACAAUAUAUGUCGCGGCAAACAAAAAGUCUAAUGCUCAAAGAUUUUCAGCUAAUAUAACCAGAGUAAGCGUAGGAGUUGAAAAUAGAGUUCCGGUUAGUCUGGUUAUAAUAUUGGCUCAAAAUCGUUUAGCAUUAGACUUUUUGUUUGACGUGACAUCUAUUGUCGACUAGCAGUACUGAGUCCGCUACUUGACGCUAGAUGUAGACUACGAAAAUAAUAGUAUUUUUUGUAAAAAAACCGUUGUAUGGAGUGAGCACUCUUGGUCUUCUUAAUUCUCUUUGACAUCGAGUAGCGGAAUUAUCAGUACCGCUUCUUGACCCUAGAUGUCUCGGGUGUCGCGACUGAUGAUAAUUGUAUUUCUCAACAAUUUACAACUAAUAUUACAAGCAGAAGGAGUUGAAUAUAGAGUUCCGG